CGCGCCCGGAAGCGAACGCUCUAGCCGGGGAGGAAGGCGACCCUGCCAAAUAAACAGACCGGCUCUUUGCUUUUUGUAGGGGGGGUGGGGAGACAGCUGCUGUGCGAAAACCUCCCUUUUGCCAACAUGAACGUGGUUUUUGCCGUGAAGCAGUACAUUUCCAAAAUGAUAGAGGACAGUGGGCCCAGCAUGAAAGUACUUCUCAUGGAUAAGGAGACGACUGGUAUAGUGAGUAUGGUGUACACACAAUCAGAGAUUCUUCAAAAGGAAGUGUACCUUUUUGAACGGAUUGAUUCUCUGAAUCGAGAGACCAUGAAACACCUGAAAGCCAUUUGUUUUCUUCGCCCGACAAAGGAAAAUGUGGAUUACCUAAUUCAAGAGCUCCGAAGACCGAAAUAUAGUGUGUAUUUUAUUUAUUUCAGUAACGUGAUCAGCAAGAGUGAUGUGAAGUCAUUGGCUGAGGCUGAUGAACAGGAAGUUGUGGCUGAGGUUCAGGAGUUUUAUGGUGAUUACAUUGCUGUGAAUCCACAUUUGUUUUCCCUCAACAUCUUGGGUUGUUGCCAGGGUCGAAAUUGGGAUCCGGCCCAGCUAUCUAGGACAACCCAAGGACUGACAGCUCUUCUGUUAUCCCUGAAGAAAUGUCCCAUGAUACGUUACCAGCUUUCAUCAGACUCAGCAAAAAGACUUGCUGAAUGUGUGAAGCAAGUGAUAACUAAAGAGUAUGAGCUUUUUGAGUUCCGGAGAACUGAAGUCCCUCCGUUGCUGCUCAUUUUGGAUCGCUGUGAUGACGCCAUAACUCCACUGCUGAACCAGUGGACAUAUCAGGCCAUGGUCCAUGAACUGCUGGGCAUAAACAACAAUCGGAUUGACCUUUCUCGAGUACCAGGGAUCAGUAAAGACCUGAGAGAGGUGGUCUUAUCUGCUGACAAUGAUGAAUUCUAUGCCAAUAACAUGUACCUGAAUUUUGCUGAGAUUGGCAGCAACAUCAAGAAUCUCAUGGAAGACUUCCAAAAAAAGAAACCAAAAGAACAACAAAAAUUAGAAUCGAUAGCGGAUAUGAAGGCCUUUGUGGAGAAUUAUCCACAGUUCAAGAAGAUGUCUGGGACUGUGUCAAAGCAUGUGACUGUGGUCGGGGAGUUGUCUCGGCUGGUCAGUGAGAGGAACCUGCUGGAGGUUUCAGAGGUUGAGCAAGAGCUGGCCUGCCAAAAUGAUCAUUCUGCUGCUCUCCAGAACAUAAAAAGGCUACUGCAGAAUCCCAAAGUAACCGAAUUUGAUGCUGCACGCUUGGUGAUGCUUUAUGCCCUGCAUUAUGAACGGCAUAGCAGUAAUAGCCUUUCUGGACUGAUGAUGGACCUCAGAAAUAAAGGUGUUUCAGAGAAGUAUCGCAAGCUGGUGCCUGCCCUUGUUGAAUAUGGUGGCAAACGAGCAAGGGGAAGUGACCUCUUUAGCCCCAAAGAUGCAGUCGCUAUUACCAAGCAGUUCCUCAAAGGAUUGAAGGGAGUGGAAAAUGUUUAUACACAGCAUCAGCCUUUCCUCUAUGAGACACUGGAUCACCUCAUCAAAGGGAAGCUUAAGGAAAAUCAGUUCCCUUACUUAGGCCCCAGCACACUGAGAGACAGACCUCAAGAUAUCAUCGUAUUUAUAAUUGGAGGGACCACCUAUGAAGAGGCGCUCACAGUUUAUAAUUUGAACCGCACCACUCCUGGAGUUAGGAUUGUCCUGGGAGGAACCACAAUACACAACACAAAAAGUUUCCUAGAGGAAGUUUCAGCAGCGGGGCUGCACAAGCGUAGCACAGAGACCACUCAGGUAACAUCGAGACCCACAAGUAGGCGAUGAGAGUGAGAAGAAGGAGGUGGCUUCCCCGGUCACUCGAUGAGCAGCAUCUCAGAGAACCGGGGGCUUCAAGUGAGCCGCUGCGCAACCUGGUCCAGGCCAGAGCAACUCUUGACCAGUCACCACUUACUUCGCCACUGGCACUCACUUCAGGACUGUCACGGGUGCGUAAAGAGUAAAUCAUGGUCUGCAUUCAAUCCGGUUAUUUCGUGGUCCAGUAAACCUGUUGUUCUUUAUGUGUUUGACACAGCAGUGACUUCAGUUUCUAAUGGGGUUUGGUGAUUGUCUAAUUUGAAAGAAGGGAUACCAGUAUAGUAGAUCAGAGGGGAGUGAAAAUUUUAAGCAUUUGCUAUACAUGCUUUGUUUUCCAUUUCCUCAUUCCUCUCUCCCACUCCCUCCCCUCCCUAACCUUCCCCACUCAUUUUUCAUUAACUACAUUCCUGUACAACUAAUUUCUGAAAACUCUGAAGCAGCACUUCUUCAGAGAGCUGUCUAAUAACGUUCAUUCCCCCAUAUUUUGAUUGUUUUUUGGCCCUGAGAAGCUGUGUAUGAAUAGAAUAAAGUCAGUUUUGUGGAA